AUGACUACCCGAAGGGAUAAUUACUUCAUAGAUACCUCGGCCGUAACUGAGGAGGCCGGAGGAGAAGAUUCUAUGGUGAUAUCAAGGGCUGCUAGCCCAGAUCCCCUACUCCAGGGAGGACCCUCUACACACACUAGGUCGACGAAGAGAAACUCUGCUCAAGCCCAGUUUACGAGGUCCAUGCAGGAGUUUUUGGAUACCCAUGAGGCACAAAUGAGGUAUCUUGGUGCAGCUGGACAGGCCGUUUGGCAGCAGCUACAAAACCUCCAGGAACAAGUGCAGGGGAGUGGGCAGGUUCUGGAUAAGAAAGUACGGCAAGAAGCCAUCGCCCAGAAGCAACAUCUCGAAUCGCUCUUUGAGCUCGUCUCCCAUGUCCAACAAGAACACGAAGCAGCACGAGCCGCCGACCAUGAGGUCCUGGACCGUAACCAUCGAAUUACCCAGAACCAACUGUUGGAGGCGGAACGGCAGCUGAGACUCGCAAGAGAAGAGCGAGAGCAGGAAAAAAGGGAACAGCGGGAACUGUUGGUACAAUUCAAGCAGUCUGAUGAUGUAAGAAACCAACGAAUAGCCGAGAUGGAGGAACGCCUACGACAACAUAUGUCGGUAGCACCCUCCAUGGUGAGCAUUCCCCUGGACCCUACUGCACCCCAAACGGUUCCUGUUGGUAAUGGCAAGAACCCCGAAAAUGCUGGCCCAGUAGGAGGAAAUGCUGGUCCCGUAGGAGGAAAUGGAGGCAGGCAACCAGAGGAUGCCGGCCCAGUGCAGGGAAAUAGUGGCAAGAAACCGGUGGGAGCUGCCCCCGUCGGCGGGAAUGGUGGAAAUCAACCUCCCCAGAACCCACCAAGAGGAAACGUUGGGGGAGACCCAGAACCUUCCGACGACGAUGACGACGAUAACAGUGAAUGGUCGCACGGUCGGAAGAAUUGGAGAAGGAACCGAGGCGGGAACCGGAAUUCGGCGCCGCCUGAAAAUGACGAUAUGGUAGAUUCGCUCGCCAAAAUACCCUUCGAGUUCGAUAAUGCCAGAAAGCAUAACCUGCGGCAUUGGCUCAUGGAGUGCGAGAUCUACUUCGAGCAAAAGCCCAAGAAGUUCCGAACGGACAGAAACAAGGUACUGUUUGCUGGAACGUAUACGUGUGGGUUGGCCAAGGAAUGGUUCAUGGAAUACAUCGAGACCAAGAUGCUAGGACCGGCAGCCACGGACUACGCUACUUGGACUCGGUUCCGUCAGGAGAUUAGGAAACGUUUUCUAAGCACUCAAGAGGCUAUGGAGAACGCGAUGAAGAUGCAGCAGUUUAAGUACUCUGCCAACAUCGGAGACUACCUGACGAGAAUGGAGAUCAUGAACCAGCAUGCUCAGAUGAAAGGAGCAUCCUAUCGCGCCGCCCUGCUCCAAGGGCUACCAAAUGAAAUCCGGGAGCGCCACUCACGCUUCGAUCCAACCGAUGACGACUCCGAGUACAUCCAACAGUUGGAACGAGCCGGCAAGGCUCAUGAGGCUUUGUUACGGGCAUGCUAA